CUAACCUAGAAACAAGGUCUCGCGGCCGUCGAUUAUGCACCGAAUAACGUCAGACGUACGCGUGUCGCGCGACGUGUGUGUGUGUGUGUGUGUGUGUGUGCGUCCCGACUGUCCCGAGCAGUGAUGCAAAUUCCGAUUCUUUUACAGCACGAUGUGGUCGGAGAGGGGAUAACGCACACAAGCGAGCAGCCGUAUCCGUGUGCGCCCGGCGCAUGCCCGGCGCGGCGCCGGGCGCACACGGACACGGCUGCUCGCUUGUGUGCGUUAUCCCCUCUCCGACCACAUCGUGCUGCAAAAAAAUCGGAAUUUACAUCACUGGUCCCGAGUCGCCGCGAUAAGAUGCGAACGGUCCUCCGCUCCGCGCCGCGUCAUCGAUCACUGAUCGAGGAAAGUUCGGAGCGCGUACGGAUCGCAUCGCGUGUCGGCUCUGGCGUUUCUCUCUCGCUGCGGCAAAAGUGUAUUUAUGAACGAUGUUGAGCGGAGGUCGUUAUCUUCUCAGGCAUUUUCGGCCCUUCGUGAGAUUCUAUCACGAGGAGGCGUCCGUCAUCGGCAGCGCGCCGGAUACCACCUCACCGGUUUAUCAGGAGAAUUACGCGCAAAUGAAAAACAUUGUCGACCAGUUGAAAGACACUGUGGAGAAGAUAGUUGAGGGCGGUGGACAGAAGGCCAGGGAGAGACACGUAAGCAAGGGGAAGCUGUUACCACGGGAACGAAUAAAUACGCUUUUAGAUAAGAAUUCGCCUUUCUUAGAGUUCUCGCAGCUGGCGGGCUACAAGAUGUACGGCAAGGAGGAAGUGCCAGCGGGAGGAAUUAUCACUGGCAUCGGGAGAGUCGAAGGCACCGAAUGUAUCAUUAUUGUAAACGAUGCCACUGUCAAGGGCGGGACGUAUUAUCCCAUCACGGUCAAGAAGCAGUUACGAGCUCAGGAAAUUGCGGAGGAGAAUAGAUUACCUUGCAUAUAUUUAGUCGACAGCGGAGGCGCUAAUCUACCCAGACAGGCCGGUGUGUUUCCCGAUAAAAUGCACUUCGGCAGAAGUUUCUAUAAUCAGGCAAACAUGAGUGCCAAAGGGAUAGCCCAGAUCGCAGUCGUUUUGGGAAGUUGCACAGCAGGCGGCGCGUACGUUCCCGCUAUGGCGGAUGAAAAUAUUAUUGUUGGCAAUCAAGGUACGAUAUUUCUCGCUGGCCCGCCGCUGGUAAAGGCCUCGACCGGCGAAGAGGUUUCAGCGGAAGACUUGGGGGGAGCGGCGCUUCAUUGUCGACAGUCUGGCGUAACCGAUCAUUACGCGAUAGACGACACGCAUGCCUUGCAUCUUGCUCGUCGAAUUGUGAGAGAUUUAAAUGUGCAACAGCCUAUGGACGUAAAGAUCAGCAGAAACAUUGAGCUGCCCGCGCACGCCGUCGAUGACAUCUACGGUAUCGUCGGAGCGAAUCUGAAACGUCCGUACGAUGUGAGGGAAGUGAUCGCGAGGAUCGUCGACGGGUCCAAGUUUCACGAAUUUAAAGCGCAAUUCGGCGAAACCUUGGUCACCGGAUUCGCCAGAAUUUACGGCUAUCCCGUUGGCAUAGUCGCGAACAAUGGUGUAUUGUUUUCGGAAAGUGCUCUGAAAGGAGCCCAUUUUGUGCAGCUCUGCGCACAAAGAAAAAUCCCUCUUAUCUUCCUGCAAAAUAUCACAGGAUUCAUGGUGGGUAGAGACGCGGAAGCGGGUGGUAUCGCUAAAAAUGGCGCCAAAAUGGUGACAGCGGUAGCAUGCGCGCAGGUGCCGAAAAUCACAGUAAUAAUCGGAGGUUCCUAUGGAGCUGGGAAUUAUGGGAUGUGCGGUCGGUCUUAUUCGCCGCGUUUCCUUUACUCCUGGCCGAACGCUAGAAUAUCUGUAAUGGGAGGCGAACAAGCAGCGAGCGUGUUAGCGCAAAUCACGAAGGAUCAACGUGCGAGAGAAGGCAAACAGUGGACACAAGAAGAAGAAGAUAAACUCAAAAAUCCGAUUAUAAAACAGUUCGAGGAGGAAGGCAGUCCAUAUUUUUCAAGUGCUAGAAUUUGGGAUGACGGUGUGAUUGAUCCGGUGGACACGCGAGUCGUGCUCGGCUUGAGUUUGUCAGCGUGUCUGAACGCGCCUAUACCUGACACUAAAUUCGGUAUUUUCCGAAUGUAAUACAAGUACUGAAACAUAGGAAAGUAUAUCUUGAAAGUACUUCGCGUUAUUGUUAAGCUUUAUACAUCUUUUUACUGGUUUUACAUGCAGCAAAAAUUAUAUAUUUUGUAAAAGAAA